AUGCCCACAUAUGAAGCCCCUACCAUUAGCGAUCACGAAGAAUCCGCACUGAGCGCUGAACCGGAAACUACAGACUCACAGGAGACCCCAAGCACUAUGAGCCAAAGCAAUGAUAGCAAUAGUGUGCACCAGCGCCCCCGACAAAUCCUACCGGAUCCUGAGGUGUUUAAGGGAGAUAUUGCUUCCUAUCAGAACUUCAAGCAUCUCCUGAAAGCGAAGCUCCAUGUUGACAGGAAGGCCCUGGGAGGUCCUUACGAAUGCCUCUGGUAUGCCUAUGGACGAUUGUCUGGCAAUGCAGCUAGCCAUAUUCUUCCAUGGAUGAUUGCCAACGCUGAUUCGCCCACUAUGGUAAACGACGAUACAGUGACCAAACUCUUCGAACAUCUUGAUUUCAACUAUAUGGAUAAGGAGCUCCAGAGGAAGGCUAUGUACAACCUCAGCACAUUGAAACAAGGCAACAAAACCAUCAAUGAACUGCUUGCAACCUUUGACCGUUAUCUGAUGGAGGCUGGCCAACAGAACCAGCCCGACAAUAUGAAGAUUUUUUGCGAAUACUGUGUUCAACUCCAGGGUAUCUAUGAUAGGCAUCAGAAAUACCAACAGCGCUCUGCAGAACACCGACGUCCCCCUAAUCGACGGACAACUACACCCAUGUUUCCUCCUCCAGCAACCUCCCCCACAGCUACUUCUACCCAAGGAGACCCCAUGGACUGGGAGCCCACCAUUUCUCGUGCCCGAAACCCCCAACGCAAGCGGGCUCGAUGGGUCAGUGGCAAAGAGAUUGAGCGCCGGAAGCAGGAGGGAUGCUGUUUCCGAUGCGGCUCUGCUGGUCAUCAGAUUAGCCAGUGCCCAUUUCUCCCUGCACAACGUCCUACACCUAGGGUUGCUGAAUUCACUGCAGAGGAUGUCACAGAUGCUGUCCUGGAUGACACUCAAGCCACACCAGUGCCUGAUGUACCUUCGGGAAAAGCCUAA